AGGAUCACGCAGCGUAUUGCCCAUCACUAUGGUGUUUUGUGGCUUCUCUCGUCCUCAUCAACGUGGUCGCAACCAGGGCGGCCGGAAGUGAAGGAGGAGGUGCCACCAGCUCCACCGCCGGUUUUGAUUUGCUUGACGGAGAAUUUUGUGGUGCAACACUGGGCCUUCGAACUGCGAUGCGAAAUGCAAGAGAGACUGCAAGAAAUUCGGGCUCAAACCGGAAACCUGUUAUGGAGUUUGUGCCACCGGGACCUUCAUUUGUCACUGUUAUGGGCCUUGCAGCCUAGGCCCACCUUCUGCUGCUUAACUCUUCAGAGUUCAAUCCUUCAGAGUCCGGCCCACUCCACCCGCGACUCCGUUCUUGCUUUUGCUCCCCGUUUCCGUAUUUCUCAUUUGUGGUGUUUCAAUUUUUGAGUUAGCACAGUCCACACUCCACAGAUUCGUUGUUGUUAAAGAAAGCAUGAUUGAAUUUGGAGUCACAAUUAUCACUCAUGGUUUUGUUUAAUGAUAAAUUUCAGGUGAC